AUGGAACUCCUGUCACAAAAUCGGCCAAUUCGCUCCACUUAUUCAGGCGAUCUCGGCCGUCCCUUGCAAGACUACGCCGAUGCAUUUACCCAAUGGCUCAAGAGAUCCAGCGUCCAUAAGGACUGGGACAUCGUCCCGGUUUCCGAUCUGGCUCAUGGCAGCCUGAGGAAUGGAAAAUAUCUUUCGGUCAGUGCUCGAUUCCUUAUAAAGGCCCUAGACCUAACAGACCCCACGAAAGCUGUUUCUCUCGCCCAUCCCGAUCCUUUGGUAUCCGCUCAUCCUUGGCACGAUCGGGAGCUUUUUAUUUUCAUCGAGAGAAGUUUUGAUGAACACGUUCGUCCGGAUGUCGGAAUCUUUGCAUCCUUCCGACUGGCCGUGCACGAGUAUGAAUUAGACCCCGAAACCCGUCUUUUCAACGGGUGCGAGGACUUUUCAUGCACCUUCACCCGUGCUGACAGUGUUCACGUUGUAAAAGGACAACUAUCACGAUGGACGCAGGACCUAUGGGGCCUUGUAGAUUUAGAGGCGAUGACCGCUCAUAUACUUAUUCAGAUCAAGACAAGUGAAACGACCGUCACAAGCAAGCAAUCCAGCUACCGAGUUCUCAAGAAUGACGACAUUCGACUUCAUGUUUACUCGUUUUCGGAUGCAAUGUCCAUUACCGCAAUGGAUGCGGCCCUCGCCCCGCCGCAAACAUAUUAUGACAGCGAUAGCGUGAAUGUCCUUCUCCGAAGGGUAUUCUCUUCUUUUGGCAAGUACUUCUCGGACCCGUGCGCCUUCGCGGACUGUUUGCACCAAUCAGGCGCUCUCGUCGGAGGGUCCACCGUUUUGUGCAUUCUCAACAGUGAAUCAUGGGAACCGGGCGACUUCGACGUUAUCGUGUCUAGGGUAUUCUGUCCCAUCUUAGACACUUACCUAUGCAAUGAAGGUUACAAACUUGACGCAAUCGCCCCCCUUCCUUCCGGGUACAUGCCCGAUCCCUUCGAUUACAAACGGUACAAGAAAGGCGAAUUGCAAAUUGACGUCUCCAUACCUCUACGGUGUAGUCCCGCACAGUUCAUCGCGUCCGAUUACCACCAUUCGUUCGUAAUGAAUUUCAUUUCUUCCGAAGGGAUGUACUGCCUCUUCCCUGAAACCUUCUCUCGCCGAGGAUGGGUCAACGGGACCCCUUGGCGUGCGGUGCACCUGAUACGGGAAAAGUACACCACAAGAGGAUACGAAAUCCUUCACGGAAGCAUCCAGGACCAAACCGGCGACAAUGGUCCAGUUGAUGUAUUGAGACUCAGGGGCAUAUGGUCGGUCAAGCUCCCUCUGACAAGUGCAAAGAAUGGAAGUUAUCUACGGGCGCGUGCCAGAUACCGCGAGGGCAUUCGCAGACUUAAACACGAGGAUAACUUCACCACUUGUGUCUCAUGA